UGCUUCUUUAUUGACAAUUGACUGAGGGAGAAAAUCAUAAAUCUAAAUCCAGCAUUUAUGCAAAGUUUAUUGAAUUAUUUUUAUGAAAUAUUAUACUUAUUUUCUCUAAGAACAUGUAGAUUUUAUGCUUGCCCUCUAUCAAAGAAUUCACCGUAAAAUUUGGCGGUUGUUAAAUUCAUAAAUUCUGUUCGAUGUGGAAAAGAGUACGUGGCUCUUUACAAAACACUCUUGACGGCCUACGGGCCUAGUGCCCGAUUGAUAAUAAAAAGACCAACAAUAAAAAAGGACCAUAAUUUCGUCGUAGAUUGUGCAAGUGUCCUUACAUCAUGAGUUCUUCAUCAUCAUCCUCCUCGUCAUCUUCUUCUUCAUCAUCAUCAUCAUCAAGUGAAGGUCCAGUGAUGAAUCAUGAUCCGUGUGAAGUCCUAAUCAAUGAUAAACAUGGUAUGAACCACAGAAGGAAGCGCAAAUCAGUUGUCAUGCAGCCUAGUUCAGGGCAACAAAGUUGGCUACUUUCAGAAGUCAAACGUCUACAAAAAGAAGUAAAAAAAUUGAAGAAAGAAAAUGCUACAUUAAUGCAUCUCAAUUGGAAACUUCAAGAAACAUUCCCUAAAAUGAUUGAUUUGCUGAGUGGACAAGCACAACAUGCCCCCUCAGUAAAUACAAGUUCCAUUGUUGCUGCUCCUCGAUCCAGGGAAUCGGGAAUCGGGAAUGAAGAACCCGUUUCAGAAAGAGAAACACUCUCAGAAUUUUGUCCACCAACGAGGAAAUUAGCCAAACGAACAACAAAAGAACAAAAGAUAAAUAAUACCAAUGGUUCUUCAAUGGCAUUGGUCCAAUUUUUAUCUGAGGAGCAACUGAAUAAAGCUUGUUUGCAUACAUCAAAUUACAAGAAGAUUAUUGGUAACCUCAUGGAGUGUCUAUUUACGGAAGAAGAAAUGCUCAGUUGCAGCGUAACCGGAAUAAAUACUUCAAAGCAGCCACUUGAUGCAUGUAAAACAUCGGCAUUGAUUGAUUUCAUUACAGCCAAUUUCCCACAUGUUACUGUACCUCAAGUAAAACAGCGAAUGGGAAAUAAGCUGCGGGAUAAGAGGCAAUUACAGAUUAGAACAGCAAGUCUCAAUCCAUCACAUUGGAUGAUGCAACAAAGUUAAUCUUGCUAGUUUCACCAUUAUUAUUGUAUUGUUACAAUUAAAAAUUCGUUUAUCGUUGUUGUAAGUAUUUUCAUGCAUUUCGAAACUUAAUAUGCAACUGUUAACAAUUCGCGGCAAUGCACAAAAUCAUACUUCAGAAAAGACUUUUUAAGUCUUAAUUUCUGGUAUACAUGUAAACUUUGAUUGUGGAUAAAUUAACACAGAAACUUAAGAAAACAACA